UGCCAUGGGAACAGACAAACAGCCCUCUCUCCGUUGCGUGGAUUCGGCUUCCGCAGCGGAGCUGUGGUUUUUGUUCCGCAGAGCUCCCGCGGUCGGUCUUGAAAGGUAGCCGCUCCUGGGGAGUAUGCACAAUGUCUUCCUUAUCAUCUGCAAGAAUCUCAUCUACACCAACAUCUUUAGUUGCAUUAAGUGCCAGAAGAACAGAAUCCCAUGAUAUUCUUAAUAUUAUCAAUCUUAUGAAAUAUGAUACAGAAAGAUUGUUUGGCAGGAUUAAUGUCAUAUAUCUUUUAGAAAAAUCUAAUCUUGCAGUGACUGUGAUUAAUGACAAAAAUGUAAGUGUUGCUCAUGCUGCAUUUUUGGAUUAUCCUAACUGGGGUUUUGUGGAUGAAGCUAAUUGGGAAGCAUAUAUGAAACAAAACUAUCCUGAGACAAAGUGUACACCUUUAAAUACACUAUUUAUGCAUCUAUUUGUAACAACUGAUGAAUAUGCAGUCAACUGUUGUCAGGAAAUUAUGAAGGUAGAAGACCAUGAUGAUCUCACCCCAAUCUUUUCACGGCAUAAUGAUACUCUAAGGCAAACCUAUGGAGACUAUUUCCUCGCUGAACUGAUAGAAGCUCAAGAUGAAAAUAAUCUUGCUGUCGUUUGUGAGGAUAAUGGCAUAGCCGUGGGAUUCAUGAGUAUAUGUUCUGAAGUGAAUGUGCAGCUGCUUCAUGACUGCUUUGACUUGAGACUUUUCCAUGGACUUUGCAAACCACAUCCAGAUGAUAUUCUUAAACCACCAUGCAUUUCAAGUGAAAUUACAGGUGAAGAAAACAUUAGCUUAGGAAGUCAAAGAGAAGAGAUUAUGGAUACCCAGAAUAUAGAUAUCCAGAAAACAAGCAGAAUUGGAAGCAUCUGUACUCAAGCUUCAAAUGCAAGUGCAACACUAUCUAAAGAAAGUAUUCAGAAAGAGGGAAUACUUGCUCAGAUUUCAUUAGAAUUGCCAUUAGAAAGUGACCAAAGUAAGGAUCUGAAAGCAACUGAAACACCAUCUACUACUAGUUUUGAAAGACAACUUUUCCAUCCUAUAUAUAAAGGAGAAGUAAAUGCAUUUUGUAUCCAGCUCUUUUGUAUUGAUGAGCAACAUGAAACAAGGUCACUGGAUUUCUUACAUUUUGUUUUUGAACUUUUCCCAGAGAAAGACUUCUGCAUCAUCACAGUGCCACAUAUGGUCCCUGAAUUUCACCUGAUCCAGAGUUUUGUUAGGAUCAUUCCCUUCUGCAAUUGUACACUGGAUCAGGAGCUAUACGUAUUUCACCGAUCUGGAUUGCUCAAGUCUUUUCAUGUAAGAGCAGCAAAAUCUACUGAUGUCUUUGCCAUUAAAAUACUAAUCCAAACCCUGGAAUUGAACGUAGCUAUAUUGGAUGACCUAAAUAACUACUUAUCAGCACGAAGAGAUCCGGAUGGAACACCAGUUCAGGCAUUUGUAGCAGAGGUUUUGAAUCAAAUCGUUGGAAUAUCUGUUAUUAGAAAUGAAAUGGACAUCGAAUAUAUUCGUUCACAUUACAACAUUGAAGAUUUUAUCUAUUUCAGUCAUUACCAGCAGGAAGAACAUGGCCAUCUUUACCAUUUUUCUCUCAAUCCAAUUUUUCAUCAUUAUGCCAAACAUUUUAUGAAGGAGAUACUUCGGUUAGCCUACAAAUCUUGCCUCUAUUAUCCUAUUCAUUCCCAACCUGUAGAAGGCAAGUACCAGAAUCCCUGUGCCCAUUCCCUGACAUCUGCCCUACAUUACAUGGUUCCCGUGCGACCAAGACGACAGAUUGUCUAUCCUCUGGAAAAGCUUGGCAUAAAUGCUCCAUCAAAACAAGUCUCUAAGGAUCAGUUAAAGUAUGCACUGUAUCAUUUCAAUCGGAAAUUGUCCUUGGAGCCUAAGGUAUCUGUCAAUUGUAGGAUAGUAGUUGUUGGAUCAUCAAAUGUAGGAAUCUCCUUCCUGGAGACACUGAUUUUUUGCCCACACCUGAAAUUCAACAACCUUACAUUGAUUUCAACUCAUGGCCUUCCAGGGAAAGAAGAAUCAAAUAAUCUGCAUAAGCAAUUUUUAAUUAAUAGUUAUUGUUUUAAUGAGGAUGAUUAUGCACUGAUGUCACUUGGUUCAUGGGUUAAUGUUGUGGCUGGAAAAAUGAUUGCUAUAAACAGAUCUGCAAAACAUGUAACAGUUUCCAAGGAGAAAAAAGUGCCAUAUGAUCAUCUCAUUCUCUGCACUGGCCAACAGUAUCAGGUCCCAUGUCCUAGUGGUGCAGAUAUCAAAAAAUUAUUAACCAACAGAGAGGUAUCAACAAACUAUAAACAAAAAUACACAGGAGUAGUGCCCUCCAAUCUUUUUAUUAUUUCUGAUGAUGGAGAUGCAUUAGCAGCAAUGAAGUGGCUAAAAGAAAAAGUGAUUGAUUCCACAGGAAAUAUUAUUGUCUAUGGGAAUACAAUUGAUGUGUACACCACUAUAGAAUCCCUCUUAGCAUUAGGAAUUAGUGGCUAUUGUAUACACCUUGUGCACCCUCCCUCGAAUUCCAAUAUUACUUCUCUCAAUAACAACGCAAUAGAAAGAGCUAUCAAGAAAGCAUUGUCCAGGUCUCGUGUAACUGAAUACCAUGAUAGUCUAUUGGCUCAGUGGAAUGAUGGCAAUCACCCAGAUCCAAUCACAUGUGCAUCUUUCACUACAAAUACAAAGCCAUUUAAGUUGCAAUGUUCUGUGUUCUUUAACUUUACCAAAAAAAGAGUGGAUUAUGAGACUUUCAAAGCAGUUAAUGAUGCAUGCCUUGUCUAUGAUGGGAGGCUUGUGAUUGAUACCAACUUCCAUACUAAUGAUGUGAGCAUCAGGGCUGCAGGUUCUUUAACCAAAUUUUCCAAUAUAUACUAUGCUAAUGAAUGGACACACAGCAAUUUCAGCUCAAAAGAGAUUGGUUUUCAGCUUGCUGCAACCAUGCUGAAUCUUUUUGAUCCAACUUUGGAGCCAAUUUUUGAACCUCCAGAAGAUUUAGAUAGACUAAUUCCUAUGUAUAAGGGAUGCAAAAUUCAAGGUGGUAUUCUACCUGGAAAAUAUAAUUAUUUGCAUGUUUUUAAACCUGGGAUUCCUGCCCGCUUGGAUGUACAAGAAUCACAACCUGAUUAUGGGAUGGCAAUCACAACAGGAGAUGCAAUAAAGGGAACUUACUUCAGAAUACAUGUCAACCAAUACAGCAGAAUAGAAACCAUUACUUGCUUUUCAAAGGAACCUAUUCCUGUUUCCAACUAUAUAUCUUUAUUUGGACACCAUGAACGUCUUCUUAAUAAUCUUUGUUCUCGCUGGAGGGAGGGACUGAUCUCAAAUCUCUAUAGCUACUUUAAGGAACCUUGGGCCUUGGCCAUCUAUCACGAUCGUUUUAGUGAUCUGAAGAAGGAACUACGUCAGAUCUUAGUAUCUGCCCAGGAAGAAGAUAUACCUUCAAUGCAAGAACUUGUGCGUCAAAUAGUAGAAGGUGAAAUUUCAUUACUUGAAAGGCCAAAGACAUACCUCAAACAAUCCUUUAAACAAAGUAUAUGCAAUAACAUGGUACAAAAAAGCAUUCUCAAUUUUCUGAAUUAUAAUAAUUAUCAUUUACCAAUGUUUGCCUGGCCAGGAAUAGUUUAAGUAUAAAUGACUAAAUAUGACAAUUGUUGCAAUGAAUAUACAAUUCAGCAAAGUGUUUAGAAGUGAAGUGUAAAUAGUUAAGUGCUAACUUUAUAUGAUUAGCCAAUGAAUAAGAUAGAUUCAAGUAUCCAUGCUAUUUGUACAUAUUAAUUAAAAAUAAAAACAAAACCACCAAACUAUACUGUUAGACAAUGGUACAUAACAAUGCAUGCAGAUAUAUUAAAAUAAUAAAAUCAAAUAUAAUGCUAUUUAUGUGAUCUGAGGUCAACAACAUCAGUAAAUAAGAUAUGUCUCAGUGCUACAGAUUCAAUGAUAAAGUAAAAUAAAGUAUUUUAUUUCAUCAAUCUGACUCUGUUUCUAAAUUUUGCUGCUUUUAAAUCCUGUAGCCUCCUGGGCAGUGCUGGGGACUCCCUCCCAAGCAAACUUGACAGAUGGCUAGUGAGAUUUGCAUAUUGCAUUUUAGCUUUUUAAUUGUUCAUUCAAAAUGCGAACUUUGUAUCUCUCUGUCUUCCUGGACAGAAGGUACAUUGUAGUAGGAGGAAGGUCAGUUUUCUAAUGUACUGGUUAGUGACCUGGCAGCUGCAGGGUUAACUCUCUUUCAAGGGGCAGCUCAGAAACUCUGACCAAUUGCAGCUUAGUUGCUGAAAGUAGUGGAUUGUUUCAGCCAAUAGGAAGGGAAAAACCACCAAAGUAAGGAAAAUAAAGUGAAUAAAGUGACGUCUAUGUAUACCAAAUGGUGAAAAUGAAUUGGUAUAGUCAAGUGCAGAACUAAAGAGUUAUCAAGAAUUCUGGCAUAAACUAAAAUCUUUUAAAAGAGAUGGGGUAAUAGUAUGAAGAGAUAAUCAAAGACGGAAGGUGGAGAUUAUAAAUCAAAGUCUAUGAAGUAUCUGCAGGCAUUUUCCCAUUAACUGCUGUAUUCAGUUAGAAAGUAUAAUCUUAUAUAUAUCCAGUCACAAAGCAAUCCCUUAACAUCAGUGGGGUUUAUGAGGAAUAGGAUUAUUUCUUGAAUUAUCUGAGGUCAUAUCAUGUAAUGUGAAAAGGUGUGUAUUGUCUCAUUUUAGCACUAAAACAAAAGUACACAGAAAGCUUUAGAGAAGUAAAAAAGGUUGCAUAUACUGUUUAACAAAUUGUACAAUUUAUUUGUUUGAUUUAAACAAUUUCUCUGUACUUGCCAUAUCAGUGACAUCACAAAGCAGUGUAUAAUAAAUUUAAAAAUGAAACUAGUCAAAACUAUUAAAAUAAUAGUUAAAUUUUUUAUUUUUAAAAAAUUACAAAUAAAAAAAUACCUCAGCCUUUGGAACUAAGUAAAUUGGUUUAAAAAGCAUGGAUAACUUUCCUUGAAUUAACACUCAGACACAGUACCCAAUAGUUGCAUCAAAACAUUAUACAAAACUCAACAAAAAUUUAAAUUCUGAGUUUGCACCUAAAUCUGUCUUCAUUAAAAUUAUUUACCAAUACUUUUUUUAAAAAAAUAUUUUUUCAUUUGAAUUUUAUUACAACAUAAAAUGUAAAAAUGUAAACAAAAAUAAAAAAAAGGGAAAGGGAAAAGAAAAAAAGAAGUGGAAAAAGAAAAAAACACAGAAAGUUGACUUCCACCCUUGAAAAUUAUGUACUAAUUCCAAAGGAUGGCUGCUAAUGAGAGAGAUAUCUUAUAAUUUUGGGUAUUGAUUCAAACUACGCCAAGAAAAGUGAACUUCGGUUUAGUUACUCUCUGAAAAACUGAUUGAAGGCAAUGAGCUUAAGUGUUCCAAAUUCUAUGCAAGUCUAUACAAUUUAUUCAAUUCAGGUAAACAUAUUUAGUCUGAUUCAGUGUGAUUAUGGUUGAUAUUAAAUUAUUUGAGAACCUGUUCUAUUUGCUAGGAAGAAAAUUAGUUUUCCUUGCCUAAGGUAUUUUUCUGCUUAAACCUGGAGAUGAUUGAAAAUGGAUUACAAAAUAGUUUUAAUAUUUUUUUCAAAAUUAUAUACAUUUAAAUAAAAAGUAAUGGGUCUGUGCUUGAAAAUAAAUCAAGAAGUAAAUGACAUAAAAGAAAGGUUUUAUCAAUAUAGUUAAGUUUUAGCUUUUAGAAGUCCAUAAAAUAAUUAAAUAAUAAAAAUAAAAAUAAAACUUUGGAAAUUAUAAGAAAUUGAUAGUAUUAGAUCAAGAAAAACUUAUUUUACAUGACAUCUGCAUUUUGAGCUUUCCGUGAUCUUAUUUCUGAAAUUAUAACUUAUAUUUGUAAAAGGCAUAUUGUCUUCAUUUUA